AUGGUUACAAGAUAGCGCAUGCGUUCGAACGUUCUUCUACAGUUCUACCCUCCAGCCAUUCAUGAGGGAUAACCGCUCGAACAUCGAACUUUCAUAGUUUCAUCUUUUGCCGUCAUCCCUUAUUCAUUCAAUUCGUGUGAUACAUGUGCGCAGGUUCAAUGAUAAUGAAUGAAACUUCUCAAUGUAAGUAUGACGUUUUUUUUCAUGAACGGAAUUAAUGAUUGGUGCGAUGCAGUCUCAAUUCGUUCCCUUGAUAAACAAUUCAAUUUUCCGUUCUGAAUAACCAUCGUACUGGAUAUGGGCGAUGUAAAACUACCGACUAUGAUCACCAUCAAAUCUAAGGCUAAACCAGACGAGGAUAAAGCAGCCGUCAAUGGUUCCAUUGAUAAAAGGCCAGAAUCCAGUUCAAUUAAACUGCAUAAAGAUAUACCUACUGUUGACCAUUCUACAAAAAAUGGUAGCUAUAAUAAAGAUGAUUAUCGUAUCAAGACCACAGGAUCAUACUAUAAAAACAAUAGAGUUUUGACGAAGAAUCGAUAUGGUGAUCAUGGGUUUACUUCACGAAAAUAUUAUGAUGAUAUUCCUAAAAAACGAGAUGAGAUGUUUGACUCUAAAUCUAUGUAUUAUUCAAAUUAUCGUAAUGGUAAGUUUGAAUUAAAAUAUAUUUCUAUUAAUUUUUUAAUAGUGAAAAAUAGUACUACCUAUUAUUUUGUAGUAAUAUAGUUAAAUGAUCUUCAUAGUAUAGAAUCUAGUAGGUAUGAAAUUUACUAUUAAUUUAUAUUUUUCUAUCUGUAACAGUCUUUGUUUUUUUGCAAUAUAAGUAUUAGUAUACUAUUGUGCAACUUCUUAGUUAAAUUGAUUAGGUAUUUUGUAAAUGGAUAUCAAUAUAUUUUUUGUAGUAUUGUAUUUUGUUAAAGUUUGAUAAACUAAAGAAAUGUUUAAUCAAGUAAAUGUUCUGAGAUUUUUCUCUGAUUUUAAAAAAAAAAUAAACAUUGUAAAAUAAAAUAAAAAUUCUUAUUAAUAAUUGAUCACAAUUAUUAGUACAUAUUUAUAUUCAAGUAAUAUUGAAUACUUAAUUAAACAUUAUCAAGAUAAUAAUAAUGUCGUCAACUUAGAUUUCACGUUCACUUUAUUUAUUAGUUUUGUUUGUAAUUUAUUUAUAAUAUAUUUAGUGUGUUAUUUAUUUAAUCUUCACUGCUAUUUUGUGGUACAAAAAAUGGCCGUUUGGCAUAAAAUAAUUAUAUAUUAAUAUUAUUAUGUUAUAACAAUUUAAACCAAUAUUUUGUUUAAGAACAUUUAAAUUAUUUAUCAUACACAUUUAAUAUUAUAAUUAUUGAAUAUAAUUAUCAUUACCUUAAGAAAACUCUUCCAAUAAUUAAAGAAAAGUACAUACUUUUUUAUAUGAUAUGCUUAGAUUAUUAAAGCUGUAAAUAUAAGUUAGAAUUUAAAACUUUUAUGUUAUUUAUCUUGUAAUUUUAGAUUCUUUGAGUAAUAAUGGGCCAUCUGAGGAUUCAAAAAUUUCAAAGAUAAUAAGAAAAAUUACAAAUGAAGAAGAUACUAGAACACUGAUAUCAUUGUGCCUUCAACUUCAGGUAACUAUUUUAUACCUAGUUAAACCAUUUACCUAUGUUUAAAAAUGGCUCUGUAAUUUUUUGUGUAUUUUUAAAGGAAGCAUUUGUUUUGCCUGAAAAUAAAAAAUAUAUUAGACGUUCUACUGAUAUCAUAAUUGAAUAUCUUUAUGUAUGUUUUUAUUCACCUAUAUCAUAUAGUGGUAAAUGCACUAUUGCUAAAUGUUUAGGCAAAUUUGGACAUGCUUUACAAUAUGAUUGUAAAAGGUAUAAAGAAAUAAUAAUUUGUUUUAAAAAUACCAAACAUUUGUGUAAUGUGUUAAACUGUGAUAUUUCAGAUUUAUUGAUUUAAUGUUUUUAAAAUACAACUCUGAACGUAGUAAAGAGGUGAAAACUUUGAUAAUGCUCUCUUUCUAUGAAGUAAGUUUUAAAAAAAUUAAUUGAAUAAUAUAGAAAUUUCAUUAAUCAUUAUUUUUUUUUUAUGGUUUAAUUUUUUGUUAUUUUAGUUAUCAGUGAUAGAUCAAAAAAAUUCUUAUUUGGAAAGUUUAGCACCGGUAUGUAUUUUAAUUAUAUUUAAAAUAUUAGCAAUUUAAAUACUAAAAUAAAGUUAGGCGUUUACUUACCUAUUUAUAUUAAUAGAACAGAAAAGUUGUUGGACUUAAUGAUUUUUAUUGUGUAUUAUAAUUAUUUAUAUUCUACUCAAAACAAUUUUUGUCACAAUCUCAUCAAUUUAAAUAAAAUAAUUUUACUUUUAGUUAAUAAUUUCCAAUUGAACAUUAUAAAUUUAUGUUCUCAAAUCAAAUUUUUGAAAUAUUUUAACUAAAAAUUCAUUGAAGUAAUUCAAAUAAGGAUUAAGUUGUAACACUAAUAGUAAGGGGCAAAAUAAUUCUAGAUUAUUUUUAAAAUUAAAAACUAUAAAUAACUAAACAUUGUUUUACUGCAAUGUACAAUGUAUAACUUAACAAACCUAUAUACUUAAAAUAUUUGUGUAAUAUUCACAUGCAUAUUUAUCAAUAAUUAAAGCUCCUAUUACUUCUCUGUCCUAGUUAUUAAAUUAUUUUAUUUUUCAGUAACAUUUUAACAUUAUUUUAAGGAUUGUUAAAUACAUUUUUUUUAUAGCAUAUAUAUACAAUAUAUAUAUAUAUUUGCGUGUGUUAAGACUAACAUUGAAAAUUAAAUAAUGUAAAUUUUUGUUUAGAACCGUUAGAAUUCGUUAGAAUAAAUGUUGUGCUAUUAGUUUUAUUGUUAUAGUAAAUUGGCUUAUUAUCAAACUUAAAGUUUAGAAUAUUGUGUUAUUACUGUUUUGAUGUUUCAAUGUUUAAACAAAAUAAUGAUUUUUAAAUUGUAAUAUUUCACAUACUUGUAUCUCGUUUAAAAGUUAAAAUAUGUUUCUAAUAUAUAUACAGGGUGAUCAAUUAAUCAUCACACAAUUUUCGGAAUGUAUGAACUUAUCUUGACAUUUGUUUUGUAGAAAAUUUUAAAAACAAGCAGUUUUACAAUUUUACAAUUAUAUUAUUUUUUGUCACUCUAAUUUCUGGGGGUGAAAGUACUAUCUACUUUUGAUUUUCAAUGGUAACCUAUAUUAAAAAUUUCAUGCAUAAAUGCAGUAGCAGUUAUAAUAAAUUUUGGUGCUUAAAUUUUUAAAUUGUAUCAAUCCGUUGAUGAGAUAUUCCACUUUUAAUUUUGGGUCGGGGAGAGUAGUCAUACAUUUUUGAAAUGCUGCACCCUGGGCUGCCACACUAAUGAUGCUCCACUACUCUUUCCCGACUGAAACUUAAAAGUUGAAUAUUGUGUCAACGGAUUGGCGGAUAUUAAAAAUUUAAACAAAAAUUUAUUUUAACCACCACAUCUUUUUAUGGAAUUUUUAAAAUAGGUUGUCAUUUAAAAAUUAAAAAUGAUAAAAAAUAAUUUAAAUGUUAAAUUUUAAAACAGUGUGUUUCUUAAAUGUUCUUUAAAACAAAUUUUAAAAAAAGUUAACAGCUUCCGAGAUAGUUAGUCUCUUAUGAUAGAUUGAUUGAUCACUCCAUACAUAUACAUAUGCUUUGAAUCUUAAAAACUCAAAAUACACAUACAGACAAUUUUCAUACCAUUAAGUUUGAUAAUAAGCCAAUCACUCUAAUAUUAAAGCUAGCAUUACAAAAUUGGUUUAAAUGAAUGAUAAUUUUACAAUAUCCAAUUUUCAACAUUAGCCAUAACAUAUAUACUUAUGUUUUGUAUUUAUACAGAUUUUAUUUCCUCAUAAAAAAUGUAUGGUCUUGGUAGAUUUAAAUUUAAAUUGGGAAACAUUUUGAUUACUCAAUUAUUUUAGUAAUAUUUUAAUAGGUACUUUAGUUUUAUGUCUAUAUACAAAUUUAAAUAAUAAUUAUUUCAAAAAGCAGAUACAUUACUUCCCAAUGGUUUUGGAUAUUGGAUCUUUAUUUAUUUGUUUGUUUAAUAUGUUUUUUGUGAAUAUUACAUUUUAGUUUUGAAUUACAAUUCUUAUUGUAUAAUGCAUAUAUAUGUAUAUUUAUUUAAAAAAUGAAUAAUUAAUCAUUUUUAUAACGAAACUACUCAAAAUCAUACAAUUUUUAUUAGAAAUAUGUUUUUUUAAUUUUUUAAUAUAAAAUCAAUAGAUUUCUUCUUAUGUAAGUGAUUGUUGUGUUUUCUGUAUACUCUUAAAUUAUAACUUUUAUUCUCAUUAUAAUUAAUAAUUAUGGUAAUAAAUUUUACUCAAAAUAUUAUUUGAUUUUAUAUUAAAACUUACCAUAUUUAAAUAUUUGGCUUUUUAACUAACUUGCAUUCGUUUUUUCGUUUUUGAGCUUAUACUGGAGAACAUGCACUUGACUUUAGAAUCAAUUGAUUCACCUGAAUUAAUUACAGUCACUGCUGAUGUUGCUAUAAACUUUUCCCGUGUUUAUUGCCGAGCUUUCGAACCUUACUUUAAGGUUAGUAUUUGUGAUCAUAAUACUAGAUAUAUUACGUAGAUUUUAAAAUUUUAUGUAACUACAUUUAUUUUUGUUACAUAUAUUAAUGUUCACAGGACACUGUAGAUAUACUAGUUGGUUGGCAUAUAGAUACUUCUCAAUCUAUAGAAACAAAUAAACGUAUUUCACAAUGUAUAUUUCGUUUAUCAACUUAUUGGACUGCUGAUAUGAGUUUCACUCUUGGUUUACUUGAGCAAUUAUUAGAAGAUAUGUCAUCAAUAUCUGAUGAAUUUGAACGAAACGAUAAAACUGAUGAACUUAAUGGAGAUUUAGAUAAAAUUUUAGCAUUUAUCAGGUAUAAAUUAAUAUCAAUACUAAAUGUAUCAAAAACAUACUAUAUUGUAAAAUGUGUACUAUAUUUAUUAUUUUGUUUAUGUUUAGAGUAUUUAGUACUGUAGCUGAGAGUGUUGGAAUACAUUUAAGUCCUCAAAGUUCAUCUGUAGUUUCUUGGCCUUUUUUGAGUAAUGCACUAUUGACAAUAAUAAAAACUCUGCUUAAAUGUAUAAAUGUAACUGUUAAUGAAAAUAUAGUUGAAGCAGGUAAAAUCAACAAAUUUUUUGGUAACCUAUGAUUGGAUAAUUUACUAAUUGCAAAAUAUUUUGCAGCUAAUAAUUGUAUUUGGUUAAUGCUAAAUAUCCUUCAAACUCAAAUGCCAUCAAUUAAUGACCUGAUGAUUAAUGUUCUUGAAAAAGAAAUAUCAUAUGUUGAUGAAUUCAAGUUAAAUGUUAUUGUGUCCAUGUUUAGAAUGAUAUCAAAGGUUUGUGCUCAAAAUCAGUAAUUUUUAAUUAAAAAAAAAAACAAUUUCAUCGAUUGAAUAUAAUGUUUUGAGUGUUUGUUAUUUAAUUAAAAUAUCAAACAUAAAUAUAAAAAGUUAUUUUAUUUUCUAUUUUAUGUAGGUUAUAAGAGAAGGAAGUGCAAAUCUAUCUAAAGAAUUUGUUGAAAUGCUUUUAUGCAAUAAUUCAAAUUUACGUAAUUUGAGAUUUUUGCCAUCUGUUAAAUUACACGACUCACAUAUAGCUCUUUAUCAGAGUUUAUUAAGUAUGAAAAAUGUUUCUUUAGUACUCAUUGUUUACAGGUAUUUAAUUUUGUUUGACUAUAAUAAAAAUACUAGUUUUAUAAUUAAUACCAUAAAAUGCAGUGUUUGAAACUAUAAUAUUUGUUUAGAUAUAUCACAGGGGAUUUAGAAAAAGCUUGCCAAACAUUAGAUCCUAAUUUACCAUCAUUUUGCACAGAAAAUCCAUUUAACGACAUAACAUAUACCUUUGAAGAAGCAUCAAUUGUUGUCCAUAUAAUUUUAAAAUCAUUGACAAUUAUAGGUAAAAUCUAUUUAAUAUCGAUUUUAAAAAAGACUUUUAACAUAUUUUUAAAAAAUGACCAAUAUCUUUUAUUCAUUAAGCCAACGACAACAAUUCCAUAAUUGGUAUGUGGGCACUACAACCAAGUAUUUUUGAACUAUUAACAACAAAAUUAGAUCCAACUAUUAUCAAAGUGAAUGAUCCGCUGCGUUUUUCAUUGAUGUUUUUAUUAUAUUCUCAUUGUAAAAAGUAAGAACCUUUUUUUUUAUAAGUACAAUUUUAUUAAUGAUACUAAAAUUGAACUUCAAAUUGCAAAUAAUUGAUCAAAGUCAGUUACCCAAUAGUUUGAUUUUCAAAUCAUUACAGGAAAAUUAUAACUAAUCAAUUUUAAAUCAGAAUAAUACAUUAAUUGAUUGAUUUAUUAUUAAGAAAUAUAAAUUAUUUGGUUAUUAUUUCUUAACAUAUCUAUGUCUAAUAAUAACUAAUUUUAAGUAAUCUUUCCCAUUAAAAUAAAUUAUUUCUAUAUUCUAUAUAAAAUGACCAAUUUUUUUUUUUUUCUAUGUAUUCCUUCAUUUAAUUUGGAGGAUCUAAGGAGAACCUAAGGUUUCUCAUCUGCUACAUUCAAUUCAGUUUACUAUAUUUCUCAACUUCAUCUAUUACAUGACCGCUUAUUAUUGUAAGCUGUAUUGCACUGCUUAUCAGAAGUUAUUCUCUGUUUUGCUUCUAUUUAUCCUAGUCACUUUCCUUCAAGUACUUUCCUCCAUUUCUGAAGCUUGUUAACUGAUCUUGUUUUAGAUCUCUUUUUAAAACUAUAUCAUCUACAGAUAUGUCCUUCCUCUUACCUGUUUUCUCUGCACACAUCAGAGAAGGGCAAAAUGUUUUGUUUAGAACUUUAUCCUGGUUUUCAACUUGAGAGGAUCCUAUUUACUGCAUCUUACGAUAAGUAGAGGUACUGUGGGAGUAUUUUGAUCCCCUCCUAUAGACUAGUGUAUAGUAUUUUUAAAAUAAUAACUAUUGAAGGAUAAAUAUGACAUGUGAGGGCUACACCAUUCUCUUAUCUGUACAUGUCAUUGUCACUCCACCAACCACCCAUGCUUGAAACUCACCUGAACUGAAGUUGGAUUUGGUUAAUUUGUAAACAAAUAAUCCAUAUAUUAGUAUUUUAAAAAUUAAAAAAUUGUGGAAAUUGAUCAAAAUCUUUAAGGAAUUGGUAUUCUAAUGUUCAUGUUACAAUAUUAUCAUUUUGAACUAUUGAUUAUCUUAUUUAACUGAACAUAAUGGAGUAUAUUCCGGCAGGUAUUUUAAUAUUAUUCAUAGAUAUAUUCUUUAGGUUAGAAGUUAAUACCAUAUAAAACAAACUAUCAUAGUGUUUUACUUCAUAAGAAAUCUAAGUCCAUGUUCCUAGUUUAACUAUUAAUAGUAAUAAAUAAUUAUUAAUAAUACUAAUAAACAAAGAAAUUAUUAAUUAUUAAUGUUAUUUACUACUAUUGUAAGUUUUUUACUGAUUAUUAAUAGCAGUUUCUCUUUUAUAGGCAUAAUAAUUUUGUUGCAAGUAGUAGAUUAGUGACAGCUGUACGAUCAUCUGAAAUGUCUAAAAAAAAUGUAGAAAUAAAUUUACACAAAAGUGAAAAUCUUACAAAAGUUUUAAAAAUGUUUGAAAAAUAUUUGAAAAUGGUAUUCAACAUUUUUUACAAAUGAUGAAAAAAACAUAAAUUAAACAAAGUUUAUAUUUUCAGAGUGUGAAUGUAGAUUGUAAACUUUUGGUUUUGAAAUGGAUAUAUGAAUUACUAAUGCAUGCUGAUAGUGUCAGUUACUUAAGCAUAAUAUUAUUAUCUCAAGAAAUGAUCAAUAUUGUGCAAUCCUUAUUGUAUGUAGCAUUAAAACGUUAUGAAAUUGUAUUAUUUGAGGGCAUAGCCCAAAUAUUAGAUGUAAUUAUUGGAAAUUCUACAUUUUGUCAAUCAAAGGUAACUGCAUAAUUAUCAAAAAUAUUAAAUGAUGAUUAUAAUUAAUCUAGAUUUGUUUUUACAGCCUCUUUUAGUAUUGGACAUAUUAAAUUUAUGUCUAUCAUGUAUUAAUCUAACAGAAAAAGAAAUUAGCAAGCGAUUCUAUGCCAUUAUCCAUAAAAUAUCAUUGAUUACCGUAAUACAUAAUUUAUCAAUUUGUUCAUUAGUAAGUAAUUUUUCAUGUUAUAUCUUAAUAUUACUUAAAGUUAAAUGGACUAUUUAAAUAUUAUAACUUAUUAACUUACAGUUAAUAAUAUUUUGAAUAACCUUCCUAAUUAUUAUUUUUAUUAUUAUUACUAUUCAAUAAGAAAUAUAUCUGUGCUUUGGUGUGAGAUGAACCUAUAUCAAACAAAUAUAUUGAUAAUUGAUUAAUAAAAAGCUGUUUUAAAAUAAAGGGGAUAGGUGCAGUCACUGUUGUAGUGUACAGACAAGAAUUUAAUGUAUAUCUGUAAGCAAUGAUAAAUCAUUGCUAACGAAAAAAAACGAUUUGAGGGCAGUUCAGUUGAUGGUGAUGCUUUGUCAGCAAUAUAUAUGUUACAUUAUGGUAAAAUAAUUAAAUAGGCAUUACAUAAUUUGUUAAAAAUUGUACCAAUUUUUUUUUUUUUUUUUUUUUUUUUUUUUUUUUUUUUUGAUUUUUCACAUUUGAUGAGGAAACUCCUAAGAAAAUCAUAUAACGGCCUCCCUAAAGUACCACCCCAAGAAAAUUUUGUUUCAAAUAAUAGUCUACACCGUAUACAUCAUUGUAAACUUUUCAGGUAGAAAAAAUAUUCACAUUAAAAAAAAAAAAGGAAAAUAUCUUUGUAAAACCAAUAAGUCUUUCGCUCUAUUCAGAAUUUAAUGAUAAUUUCAUAAUUAUUGUAAUUAAUUUUAGAUUUUAAGUGAAGCAAAGAAGCUUGUGGUUUUACAAAGAUGUUUAUUUUGUUUUCUAUGGACAGUUUUUCUACCCGAGAUCUUGCUUAUGUGCAGCACCUUUUUUGAAAGGAAAUCCGUUAGUAGCGAUUUUUUCAAAAGUUUUCAAACGGGAAAAUAUUACGAUUUUAGAUUCUGAUUGUAGCGUAGAAUAUAUGUCAUUUACUUAGUUGUUUUUAUGCACCAUUUCUGGAAGGGAAUGCUUCCCAAAUGAUACUUUUGGGAAUUAAUUUUUUGAUUUUCCAAGCGGUUUUCAUAAUAUUUGGGAAAAACCAAGAUAAAACUUAAUGAAAAUUUAUGAAAAUAAUGCUUCUAUUAUUUUUCAAUUUUUUUAUUUGUUGUGAUUCAGUUAAAGUUAUUCGUAUCGACUUUAUGUACUUAAAAUUUGGACUGAAAAUUUAUAUUUGAUUUUUUUAAACGUAGUAAAAUUUAAAAAAAUUAUAAAAACUGUUUUUGAGCUAUUUAUAGACAUUUUAGUUUUUCGAAUUUUAUAUAUGUAAUUUUUAUUCUGUAGGUACUGUGUGGUAAAAUUUUUGAAAUGAAAAUUUAACAAGAGAUUCUUUAAGUCUGUGGUAAAAAAAAUUUGAAUUUAAUAGAAUUUUUUUUUUUAUAAAGGGCAAGUUUAAUAUCAAAUUUUACCAAAAACGCUAGAUUGAAAAAUUAUAUGGAACAAAUCUAAUUUUUUAAUUUCUUUUUAUUGAACAUAUGUAUAUUGCCAAUUUAAGAACGACUUCAUUAUUAGUCAGAAUUAAGCAGACUGAUUUUUUGAAAUUAUAGUUUUUUAAAGUUCUGAUAUUAUGCAGAUAUUAUAUGCUUUGAUAAACAACUAUAUUUUUUUAAAGAAUAUUUGUCAUAAUCAUAUAGUUACACAUGUCUCUUGUCAUCCUGGGGGUUGGAGGAAAUUUUAGAAAGGUCAUUUUUAAUUUUCUCAGGAGUUUUUUCAACAAAUGUGAAAAACUGAAAAAAAAUUGAGGAAAAAUGUAGGAAAAUGGGAUUCAUUUAAAUUUUGUAAUUAGAAUAAUUGGAAUGACAUAUAUAUUGUUGAAAAAGCAGCACUAUCAAUUGAACUCUGCUCAGAACCAUUAGCAAUGGUUUAUCAUUGUUAUAUAGGUGUACGUUGUUAUAGGUGUACAUUAAAUUAUUUAUACAGUGGCUGCACUCGACCCCAUUAUCCUAGGACAUCUUUUUUAAAUUUAGUUAAAACAGUUUUAACAUUUUUGUAAACCCGUUGUUGACAUAUUACACUUUUAAGUUAUGGUAGAAGAAAUAAGUUCACAUCAUCUAUAUAGCGGCAUGUUUUGCGGUGUUUGAAUAGUGCUAAUAAUUAAAAUUUCAAAAAUAAAUUAAUAUUUCCUGAGAUAAUGGAUUUCUCAUCAAGGAUUACUAAUCCUUUAGAACUUGAAUAUAGCAAAAGAGGCUAUUAGUUUUAUCAGUAUAAUUAUUAUAUAAGAUAAGAUUAUGCGUUUUUUUUUUCAAUAGGAAUCAUUAACUCUUUCAUUAUGUACCUUAAAAGUAGUAAACAUUAAUUUCUAGAUUUUCAACAGUUUUCUAUCAAAUUAAAAAAUAAAUUGAUUACGAAUGUAUACAAAUCAGUAUCUUUGUUGAUCAUUGGGAGUUAAUUACAAAAGUGGAAAAAUGCUACUAAUACUACUAUUCAGAAUCAGUUUUUGAUUGCAGUGAUUUAUUGUUGCUUUCAGUGUGUAAAUUAAAUUACCUUAUGUCUUAUACCUUUCAAACUUUCCACCUAUUAUGGUCUAUCCAUGGAGCAGCGUAUAUAUAUUGUUUUUUUAAACUUUUAUGUACUUUUUUUAAUAGAAUAUUAAGAACAAAUUUAAUAAAAAAAUUAAACUCAUGAUGAGUUCUCAUAUGAGACGAAAAACUGUUGUUACAUUACAAACUGAAUGUUUCAAAAAUUAUAUGUGUGAAUUAAUUGAACCUAGUAGUAAUAAGUAAGUUGAAAUUGAUACAUUUUUCUAUAUUUUAUUUAAAAGAACAAACUAAUUAAAUGGGUUUUUGUUUUUCUAGUAAUUCAUCUAAUCACUGGUUAUUGGAUGUAUUGAACAGUUGUUCAUCUGACACUGAUAGCAGCGAGACUGAAUUAUUGUCUUAUGCACAACAUUGUCGUGUUUUAUUAUAUUUUUGGAUUAACUGGGAAGCAGCAAAUUUUUGUGUUACAAAUCGAUUGCGUACACCAUUUGGAAAACCAAAUUCUACUUUUAGAGCAAUUGAAGGUAUUUUAAAACAUAUUUUAACUAUUUCUAUCACUAGUAAAACUUAUAAUACAAGUGUUUUUCAAAUAUUUUUAGGUGGUAUAAAAUCUUGGGCACGUGAUUCAAUAUCAACAUUAAAUGAUGAUACAAAAGUUAAAACUACAGAAGGUGAAUUAAAUAAUUUAAGAUAUACUAGAAAUUUAGUAACAUUCAUAGAAUGUUUAGAAAAAUCUGUUUGUAAUGCCAUUGAUGGUACUGCGACUGCUUUACCAACUGCCCAGAAAGUAAGCAAUUUAUUAUUUAUUAUUAUCUUAUUAAAUUUGUUAUUUUAAAGUUUAAGAUUUAACUUGGAACAUGUGUUAGGUUGGAACUUUAAAGAAAUUGGAAUUCAUGCUUUAUAAUAUGUAUUGUUAGAUAUAACAAAUUUUAUUGCAUUUCACAUUUAUCAUUAUUGUAGUGUGAGGUAUAAAUGUAUUUCCGAUUACUUGGUCUAUAUAUAAUAUAUAUUUUGUCUAUAUGGAAAAUUAAAAUAUAAAACUGUAUUAUCUGAUUUAAUUUAUUUAAUAAUUCAUAUGUAAUAUUAAAGUAGAUUAAAGGAAAAGCAAAAUAGUAAAAUAAAAUUAAUAAAUAAUUAAAAUAUUUGUUUUUCUUUCCACCACCUUUCUAUAAGAUUCAUUGGGUUAUAAUACUCGCUUUGUGCUGGUUCAAAAGUGAGCUUUAUAAGUGGUGUCUACUUUAUUUAUUAAAAUGAAUAAAAAGUUAUUCAUAGUUUUUGAUGUUCAUUAGUCAAUUAAUAGUUUACCACAAUUUUUAUUUUUUACAUAUCGUUUAUAAAUAAUUAAUCAUUUAGUUAAUUAAUUAGAUAGUAUAUUUAUAUAUUAUAUAUUUAUUUUAUAGCCUGUUAGACAUUUUUUUCACACAAAUCGUAAUACUUGUUAUGAAUGGACUUCAACAAUACGCAGUGCAAUGCUGGCUGUGUCAUUAAAUUCUGGUUUAAGCUCUUCAGCUAUUCGUCAUGGUCAAUUUUUGGUUCAAAAUUUAACGAAUCAAACUGAUUUUCCAAUUAAAGAAUUUAUUUUAGCAAUCAUUCAACUAUCUUGGGCUUAUUGUAAAUUAAAAGAAUCAGAUUGUAUCCGUGGACUAUAUGUAUGGUCUAAAGAAGUUGCUCAUCUAAAACUUCCAUUUUUGAAUAUACUUGCUGAUCAAGCCAGUGGAAAGUAAGUUUGAAAUAAUAAUCACAUUAUUUUAUUUAUAUAAAUGUUAUAUUUGUGUAGAUUUGAAGAAGCUGCUGAAUCGUACAUGCAAUUACUUACUGCAAGUCCAGAUAAAAUAAUUAUAAAUCUCAAAGGUGGUACACUAAAUAAUAUUGAAGGUCCUGUAGAGGUUUUACAAAAAUUUACUGCUGAACAAGUAACUAAAUAUUAAUUUUUGAUAAGUAAAAUAUGCAUUGAUGUAAUGUUAAUUCAUCAAUAAUAACUGAUAAUUUGUCCAACUGAAUUUAUCAUAUUUUUAAAAUAAUGACUAAUCAAACCAAAAUGUAUUUACCAUAUAAUCUUACUGUAAUAGAAAUAUUCAUUACAUAAUAUUAUUUAUAUACAAGUUUAACUGAUAAUUAAUUGACUGUUUAUUUAGUCAUAAGAAAUGUUAUAAGAUUAUUAUCUGUAUUUAAUUAAAAAUAUCAAAAGAUAAUAAAUAGACUAACCUUAAAUAGCACAUUAUAUUAACCCGACAAUAAUUUAAUUUCUUCUUUAUCACCUUAUAAUUUCCAAGAGGCCACAAUAAAUGAGUAGUCAUAUUUUUAUUGUUUUGGAGAAGUCUUGGAGAGGCAAGGUCUAGUUGUAGUCAAACUUAAAACUCUUCCUAGUUUUAAUGCUUAAGUUCUUAUUUGUCAAUAGAGAUCUCUUCUUUUUGAAUCCUCGUUUUGCUAAAGCUAUUAUUUUCUUAACUUCCUUUGUUGAUCUGUUAUCUUCUGUAAUUAGGCUUUCUUAGAUAGCUUACUAGAUUCCUUUACUUGUUUAUUUGGUGGAUUGUCUUGCUACAAGCACUUAUUUUUUUUAUAUUGAUUUUAAUACUGAGUUUUGUUAGUGUUGUGUCCAAGCAAUUAGAAUAGAUCAAUACAGUAGAGUUUCCUUUUUUUAGUUAAAUGAUUGUUUUACUAAGAGUAAAAUCAGCUGAGAAUGCACAGUAUUCAUAGAAUUUAGUCGGAAUAUUAAAUAGGGGAUUUUUGUGUCUUCAUUAAAAAUUUGUACUACUUCUGCUGUGAUUUUAUUCACUCCAGUUGUGUAUUUUAUGAUGGUUGUCAAUUUUUUUUAAAAAAAUAUAAAAUUGUUUUAUUAUCUAACAUUAAUAUUAUUUGCAGUUAAAGGAAUGUUAUGUGUCCAUUUGUGAUUGGAAACCAUUAAUGGAUUGGUCCCAGAACGAAGAAAACUUUAUAUCAUCAAAUACAAAAGACAAAUAUUUUUGGCAAAACGUAAUUAUUUAGUGUAUAAUUAUAAUAUAGAUAUUAAUAUAUUCUCGAUUACUCUACAUUAUUUAUUUUAUUUCAUUUAUACUUAAUUUAGAGAUAUGUUUCUUCUAAUAAUCUACAAAUCAUUAAUGAUGUUGAAGAAGGAAAUUAUAGCUGCAUUGAUAAUUUAGUUAAUUGGUCAAUUGAAGAAAAUUCAAAAAUAAUUAAAACAAAUUGGAAUUGUUAUGAUCUUAUAAACCAAAUUAAAAGUAGAAUGAUGUAUGUUGCUUUGAAAACAAAUAUUUCUAAAGGAAGAUUAAAUAAGUAUGAUUACUUGCAUGAUAUAAAUGUAAAACAAUUUUUUUUUUAACAUAUUGUAUUUUUCUUUUUAGUGAAAACAAAUUGAUUGUUGAAGAUUGCCAAGAAGUAGUACACAAUCUUCUAAAAGAAAGUCUAACGGAUAGUCUUUUGGAGUAUACACAAGAAUUGUCUAUACUAUCUUAUGCAAUUAACUCUAUUCUAGAAAACAAUAAUAUUAAAUUUGAUUUAGUAUGUUUUAUUAGAAUCCAUUUUGAUUUUGUUAUUUCAAAGAAAUAAUUGUAUAUUUCUAUUAUUUUAUCAGGUUAAUGACAUAAGUAAUAAAUCAAUAAAAUCUAACUUAUUAUCUCAGGCAUUAUUUUGGACUAAACUUCUCGAAAAUCAGUCAGAUAAUUAUGAACAUAAUAUUAAACAAAUUAUUAAACCAAAACCUGAUUUAUCAAUAUUAUACUUAAAGGUAAGAUUUAAAAUAAGAUUUAUUCCAAAUGAACACUUCAAAUAUUUUUUUUAUUUAUAGUUGGCUCAUGUUGCUCGAAAAGAAGGUAAUGUAAAUCUUGCUACACGAGGAAUGCUUCAAUAUUUGCGAUCAAAUAGAGCAUAUGAUUUUAUAAACUUACCUUCUAUGGGAAACAAAUCUGAUUCUAUUUUGUGUAUGCUACAAAAAAUUGGAGAACUCCUUGUUGAUGACACUAAUGCAGCAUUGUGGCCAAAAAAUCAUGCUUUAGUUGUGCGACAGUUCUCCAAACUUAUUCAUCAGUAAAUAAAUUCAAACAUAGUACUUGCCAAAUAAUUAGUGAAUUUUAAAUAUUUUAGCUGUGUGUCUCAAGAAUUGGGCAUAGAGAUGUGCAUGAAAUCUGUAUUUAAGUUAUUAGAACAAGCUCGAUUAUGCAAUGACAACAAUCUUAAAGAAGAUAGUUCUAGAAUUUUAAUUACACUAGGAAAAUGGUUAAAUUGUGGAAAUAAUAUUCCUGAUAAAACUCUUAUUAAAUCAUCAAUUGACAAAUCUGAAAUUUUAUUGAAUUUUUCAAAUGGAGAUUUAUCUAAAACUAGCCAAUUAAUUCGAGAAGUCAUAAGUAUGAUUUAUUAUAAAGAUAAUUUAUACAUAGUUCACAAUGGAUAUAUAUAUUAAUUUAUAUUAUUUAAUAAUGUUAAAUUUAUAUAUUUGUUAAUGCUACAGAAUCUGAUUAUACACCAGCAAGUGAUUUGGAUGAACAGACAUUGAUGAUUGGUCAACUUUUAAGAAUUUCAGUUUCUUAUUGUCCAUCAAUGGCAAAAGCAUGGAAUGAAUUAGCAGGCUGGUGUUACAAAUUAGGUCGUAAAGUGGUUGAUGAAGCUUACAAACGAAAUACAUAUUUGUUAAAUGAUUCGGAAAUGGCUACAGUAGAUGCUUAUAUUCCUCUAAAUGCUACUCAAGAAGAUCGUGACAAAAUAUAUGCUAUUCUUAAUGUAGUUACAUCAUCGCCACAAGAUGAUGAUGAUAUUGGAGUAUGACAUUUAUAGUAUACAUUUAAAUAAUUUAAAGAUUUAAAAUAUUUUCUUUUUUUUUCUAAAAAAGUUAAUCUUCUCUUUUUUAAUAUAGAUUAUGAAUAAUAUUUGUUAAUAAUAAUUACUGUUUCUAUUUAAUAUUUAAAUAAUAAAACAAUGACAUAUAAAUACUCUGUAAAUAUUAUAGUGAUGUUUUUUUCCUGGUAUUUCUAAUUGUAUCUAAAUAUUCUAUUUAUUUAUGGAUUUCAGAGUGAACACAUUUAUACUACCGAAACUCUAGAAUAUCAAUUACAAAAUGUUUUACACUUUGAAGAAAAAGAAUUAUCAGGAUUAAUUGAUUGGUGGAGAAAAUCACAUUCAAGGAUUUAUGGUUAUUAUCAACUAUCAGCACAAGCUUAUUUUAAAUUUUUACAGUUGUGUGAUAAUCACCAGGUAAACAAAAAUAUAAUAUGUAAUAUUAAACACAAUUAGCAAUUUUUAAUGUUCACACAUAUAAUAUAAUUACCAUUAAAUAAUUCCACUAAUAUGAAUUAAUAUUACUAUACCUUUUUAAUUUUAGAUUUUAAAUGAAGGGGGAAUGUAUAUUAUUAGUUUAUUAUUUUUAUGUUUUUUACCAGAAAUCUUGCUCUAGUUAAAAACUUUACAGGAACUUUCUUGUAGCAAUAUUGAUCUGGUUAGUGCAUUAUUAGGGUCAUGUUUUGAUUUUUCUCUAAGUUUUCCUAAUAAAUUGGAAAAACUGUUAAUUUUCUCAUUUUGGUAUAAUUGUUUUGGACUUCUAAAUUAUCUCAAAAAAAAGGAAAAAAAGAGUAGAUACUGUUUGUGUGUGGGCUAUUAUUGUAGUUAUGAUGUAUAAGGUUAUUUAAUUUAUAUAUGUAAGCAGUAAUUAACUAUUGCCAACAAAAAACUAUGCUCGAAGUUAUACAUGAUUUGAAAGGCUGUAAUAUCCAAUAUAUUUAUCAAAAUUUGUUCUUAAAAGUUAAAACCAAUAUAAAAAAAGUUAACUAUAAUCACACUCUAUUUUUUACCGCAAUAACAAUUUAUAAUAAAUCUCCUGUUAAAUUUUUAAGCAUUUUUAUUUAAACACUUAUGUACAUUUAAUACUUCCCAAAAAAAUAAAAUUAAAAAUUAUGAAACCAUUAAUUAUUUUCUGUAAACUUUCCAGUUUUUCUGCAUUUUUUCUCAGUUUUAAUAAAUGAUUAAGAGAACUACAUGGAAAAUAGUUCUAGGUCAAAAUAUGUCCGAUCAAAAUAUUUUUAACAAAACAUCUCCAAUUAAGAAUAUCUCCCAUAAAAGAAAUAUCUCUAACAAAAUAUCUAAUGGGAAUAUUUCUUAUAGAUAAAUUAUCUCCUGAAAAAAAUUUCUAGGAUUUAUGUGAAUAUUUUUUAUAACCAAUUAAUUUUAGAAAGCAAUCCUUUUAAAAAAAAAAAAAAUUUGAAUGAACAAAAAUUAAAUAAAUAUUUUAAAAAAUAAUUAUUAUUAACUCUCACUGUAUUGUAUCACUCAAGUUAUAAGUUUUUAAUGUUUAAAAGUUAAAAAUAUUAACCCUCCUUAUAUUUAAUAUUUUAAUAGAAAAUCUAUUUCUAUUAGUAAUAAUAUCCCAGCCAUAUAGUGAUAUACAUAAACUAAAAUAUUUCAGUCAACUGUGAUGGAAAAAUAGACAUGUAUUAAAUUUAACUCUUAAGAGUGUUUGGUGGAAUGUUGAUAAAAUUGUUUGUCUUAAUUUAUCAUGUUAUUAUUGCCUGCAGGAAAAUGUAUUCAUAUUUUCGUAAUCGUAAAAUAUAUUUCAGAUAAUGCUAUACAAUACUAAUAUUGUAAAUAGUUAUUAUUUUUUGUGAGAUAUUUUUUACUGGAGAUAUUCUUAUCUGGACAUAUUUUUGCGGAGAUAUUUUGACCGGUCACCAUGGAAAUCAUAAAACAACAAACAUAUUAUAAGUAGAAUUUUUUAUAUUCUAACUAGAAUUUGUCAAUAACUAUUAUAGAUAUAUAAUCAACAGUAUAAUCAUAAGGUCAAUAUUAAAAAAAAUACAAGAUAGAAGAUGCCAAAUAAAAUAUCUUUUUGAUUACUGUCCUUAUUGUUAAUAUUACCCAUUACCGAUUCUAGUAUACUUUGUACUAUUAAAUCAGCUAGGUAAACAUUAAAUUAAAAGAAUAUUUUUCAAUUAUUAAUGGAAAAUUUAAACUAAUAUAUUGUACUAAACAAAAAUUAUAUUAUUUUUUAAUAUUAUCAUAUUGAAUAAUAAAUUUUUGGUUAUUAAUUCUAUGUCUUACUAUUUAGGAGGAGUCAAUUGCAGCGACAUUGCGUUUAUUACGCCUUACUGUUAAACAUGCUCUUGAACUACAGGGUUCAUUAGAAGAAGGAUUAAGUAAUACUCCAACCCAACCAUGGCGUUCUAUUAUACCUCAACUAUUUUCUAGACUUUCUCAUCCUGAACCUUAUGUUAGACGCACUGUGUCUGAAUUACUCUGUCGAUUAGCUAGUGAUGUGCCCCAUUUAAUUACAUUCCCUGCAGUUGUGGGAUCUGAUACUGGUCUUAGGACUAUAAAUGAAAUGCCUUCUUCAAGUUUGUUGAAAUCUAGUAAAGAUAUUGGAGAUGAAACAAAUUUAGUGCAUGAAGAAUUUGAUUGUAAUGAAGAAGACGAUGAUGAAUUGAAAAUUGGACAAGAUGAACAGGCUAUGGUUUUAGAAGAUUGUUUUCAUUCAAUGGUCAAUACAUUAUCAAAACAGGUAUAUAUGCUAUGGUCCAAGUAGAGAAAGAGUUCAAUGUAAACACUAUGCAAUGAAAUUUGGGCAAUGUAAAUUUGAAAAAUGUAUUUCUCAUAUAGACUAGUCAUUUUAAUACAAUGUCUAGCUAUUGUAUAUAAUGCUAAAAUUAGUGCUGCUGUUAUGUACAAUUUAUAAUACAUCAUCUUAAAUGUAUAAAUUUAUUUCAGUAUCUACCUACUAAAUAUAAUAAGUAGAUAGACAAUAUCAAUUUUUAAGCAUUAGGAAAGUAUUAUUUAAUUAGCAGGUAAUCUGGCCACAUUAUUAUAAUUUUUAGCCAGAUAACUUUUCACAAUUUUGUACGUUAGUACUUUUCUAAACGUUGGUGUAUUCAAUUUAGAGUAUACAUAUUGUAAAAAUAAAAAAUAAAUUCAGUGAUCAUUUAAAUAAUGUUUUUAAAGUUAAGAAACAUAAUACUGGUCAAUAUUUCAAUUUUUAAUGGAAAUCAAGUGCCAUAAUGACAAUACAUGUAAAAAUAAAUGAGAAUUUAAGUAUGAACCUAAUAUUUUAGAUUCUGAGUAUAACAAAGAAUAUUGGUUUUGCAAUGUUUAUUUUUUUUUUUUUUUUUUCUAACUUUUUUGUGUCAACAAUUUCUACUAUACAUUUUUUUUAGAUCUGUAAAUGUGGCAUCUUUUCUGAAAUAAAAUUUUGUCUAGAUGAUAUUUUAUUAAAGUCAUUUGUUUAAUUUCCAAGUGGUUUUCAUAAUAUUUGGGAAAACCUGAGAUAAAACUAAAGAAAAAUGGAAAAUUUUACAAAUAUAUUGCUUUUAUUUAUUUUCAAUUUUAUGUUUCAUUGUAAUCCAGUUAAAAAUAUUUUUUGAGAUUUUGAAAUUUGGAUAAAAAACUUGUAUUUGCCUAUCAAGACGAGGUAAAAUUUUAAAAAUAUUUGAGUUAUUUAUGGACAUUUUAGAUUUUGAUAGUUUUAUUUGGUAGGUAUUUCGUGGAUAACAUUGUUAGAUUUGAUAGAAAUGUUUGACAAUUUAUCAAAAGGUUCAUUAAAAGUCAUACUUUGUGGUAAAACAAAAAAAUUGAGUUUAAUGUAGUAUUUUUUUUUAUGAAGACAUUUUCCCCUUUAUACCUAAUCAUCAAAUUUUGACUAAAAUAAUUUGAGUAAAAACUUUGUGGAAUAAAUGUUAAUUUUUUAAAUUUUUUUUUUUUUUUUGUAUUAAAUAUUUGUGUUUUUAAGAACAAUAGUGAAGUCAGAACUGAGCAGUCUGACUUAGUUUCAAAAUUAUAGCUUUUUGAAGUUCUGAUAUGCGAAUAUUUUAUUUGUUAUGUUAAAUUAUUUAAUAUUGUCAAUUUUAUAGCAUGACUGUCUUAGUCUAGUGGUGGUACAUACAUGUUAUCCCAGAAAUCACAAGUUCCAGAAAAUACUUUUUGCAAACUCACUUGAGGGGGGGGAUAAGUGCAUUUUAGGUGUGUCUAGAGACCUAUAGUGUGUUGCUGAUGAUGUUUUACUGGGUGUUCUAUUGAGAACAUUUUAAACAAUCCAUAAAACUAAAACUUAAUCGCAGUACCAAUCUAUAACACUUAUUAUCAUUAAGAUGCAGUUGUUUGUGACAUUUUUUUUAUAAAAAAAAAUGUAUUUUAUGUUUAGGCAGGUGAAAUGAUUUCUGAAGUACGAAUUUUGGUAUCUGAAUUAAGACGAAUUACCUUGCUGUGGGAUGAACUAUGGUUAGGAACAUUAGUGCAGCGUCAAACAGACAUAAGUAGACGUAUUAAUCAAUUGGAAGCUGAAUUAAAUAAAACUGAAAAUCAUCCACAUCUUACAGAUAUUGAAAAAGAUCAUAUUGCUGUUGAAAAAUAUACUAUGCUACUUAAACCAGUAAUAUAAUUUAUUUUUAUCAUUCUUUUAAAAAAAUUAUUUUUAAAAUAUACCUUUUGUAGAUUCUUUUUAUAUUUGAACAACUACAUGCAAUUACUUCUGUUAAAGCUGAAACACCUCAUGAAGAAUGGUUUCAAGAAAAGUUUGGUAAUUAUUUAUUAUUUGAUGUAUUUCUAAUAAUUUGUAUUUAUUUAUGUAAUUUGAAAUUUAGGAGCAUAUAUUAAUUACAUGUUGGAUAAAUUGCGAAGACCUGCAGAUUCUAGCAGCAUUAAUGUACAAGAAGUAUGGAAAUCAAUUAAAAAUUUGCAAAUGAAUCUUCAAUCUCGUAUAAGCAAAAGAGGUUCAUAUUCUUUAAAAAUGGAAACAAUUAGCCCUGUCCUUGCUAAUUUGAAGGACACAAAAAUUGCUAUGCCAGGAGUUGAACGAGUUGUAACAGUUGCUUCUAUUCAUAAUAAUGUGGCCAUUUUACCUACAUUUACUAAACCAAAGAAAUUAAUAUUCUAUGGAUCUGAUGGCAAAGCAUACACUUACUUGUUUAAAGGCUUAGAAGAUCUUCACUUAGACGAACGAAUUAUGCAACUUUUAUGUAUCACAAAUACAUUGCUUAGUGGUUCCUCAGACCAUUAUAGAGCUCAUCAUUAUCCUGUCAUACCAUUAGGACCAAGAUCUGGUUUAAUAUCUUGGGUAGAUGGUGUUGUUCCUAUAUUUAUGUUGUACAAGAGAUGGCAACAAAGACAAGCUUCAAACAGUGAUGGUAAAUAGAUUAAAUACUAGUUAAUUAAGAUUAAUUGUACAUUUCUUUUUAAUUAAAAAUCUUAUGUUUAUUUUACCAUAGGUGUAAUUAUGCGCCCUUCAGAAUUAUUCAAUUCCAAAUUAUCACCGCUGUUAAAAGAAAAAGGAAUUAUCAAUAUGGAAAAUCGAAAAGAGUGGCCACUAAGCACUCUAAAAGAUGUAUUAAUUACUUUGAUGAAUGAAACCCCAAAGAAUUUGCUUUCAAAGUACAUAUAAUAAAUUUAAAUUGUUUUUUGUUUGUAAUCAAAUGUAAAUUUACAAUUAAAAUCUACUACAAUUUUUUUAGUGAGUUAUGGACACAAAGUGUUGAUUCUGGUUCUUGGUGGCAAUCCACAUCAUUAUAUGCUACAUCUUUGGCUGUUAUGUCUGUUAUUGGGUACAUUAUAGGUCUGGGUGACAGGCAUUUAGAUAAUGUACUUGUUAAUUUACAAACUGGAGAGGUUUGUAUUUAUUUAUUUUUAAAUUAAAUUUCAGCAUUUACUAGGGCCUGGGUUUGAAUUCCCUAUACACCAUUGAAUAAUGCUUUAAUAAAUAUCUUUAACAGUGUUUUAAAACCUUUUUGAUGUUAUUCGCCAAGUAAAGAAGUUUUAUUAUAUCAUGGAUAUCUUUAGUAUAAAUUUAAAUUACUUAAAUAGUUUUAUUUAAAAAACAAAUAGCCAACAUAAAAUGUUAUUUUAUAAUGAAUUCUCUACAGUUAAUCUGAUUUUAUAGUAUUUUAUUUAAACUAAUAUCUUGAAGUUAUAUUUAUUUUCUUAAAAGUUUCAUACUAAGCCCUAAUCUAUUUUAUAAAACACAAAAUAAAAUAUUUAGCUUAUUUUAGAUAGUAUAUUUCUAUAAGUUUUAAUUUGUUGUGUAAACUAAAAAUACUUGCCAUUUCUCAUAGAAUUACUGAUUACUACUCAUUAAGAAUGAACAAUAAAUAAUUUAAUAAUGUAUAUAAUAUAUAUAUAUAUAUAUAUAUAUUUAUAUUACCAGGUUGUACACAUUGAUUACAAUGUCUGUUUUGAGAAAGGUAAAACAUUACGUGUUCCUGAGAAAGUUCCUUUCAGAUUAACUCCAAACUUAAAAGAAGCUCUUGGAGUUACAGGAAUUGAGGUAAAUAUAUAUUUAUUGUUUUUCCUUGUAUUAUAUUAAAUUAUUAUUAUUUAAACAGGGUAAAUUCCGUUUGACAUGUGAACAAGUAAUGAAAGUGUUGAGAAAAAAUAAAGAAACAUUGUUAACAUUAUUGGAAGCUUUUGUAUAUGAUCCUCUUAUUGAUUGGACUCCCGGUAAUGAAACUGGAUACACAGGUGCUGUUUAUGGUGGAGGGCGCACACUUGUAAUGGAAAAUAGAUUAAAUAGAAGACAGUUAGAAAAAGAAAUUACAUUGGCAAUGCUUAAUGUGCGUAUCACAGAAACCAAAUAUGACUGGUUAAAUAAUAGGUAAUUAUUAUACAUAAAUAUAUAUACAAGUAAUUUUAAUGCAAACAAAUUCUUUUAGAGAUAAUAUGCUGGAAUCAUUGGCCAAUAUUAUAGAAAGUUUUAAUAAGUUUUUGUCAGAAAGAGAAAAAUUGCAAAAAAUGGAAGAAGGUUUAGCAGAAAGUCAUCAACUAAUGGCUUUAGUUAAGGAAGCUGAAGCAUCACCAGCUGGUCAGCAUCCACUAUACAAGUUACCAGAACGGUACUAUGCAUUACAGCAAGCUCAAAAUAUGAUGAUUGGAGCAACUAUGUCACUAAGACAAAAAGUUGAAGACUGUGACUCACGGUUGUCUCAGUAUGACAUGGCUGUGCAUUUUCUGGGAAGUAGUCAAAUUCGGAUUUUAAUUGAUAAAGAAAAAUCAAAAUCUAUUCAAGUGUUUAAUAAUCUUUUGUUGGAUGAUGUGAAAGAUUUUUUACAAAAUGCUGGUCAACCAGCUCUGAUUGAACAAGUAAUAUUUAAUAUAAUCAUUAGACUUUUACAAAAUUAGUAUUUAUUUUAUUUUUAUGUAAAAAUCAAAAUUAACAUAAUUUAGCUUAAUUUAAUGAACCCCAAAGUUGUUUAACAGUAGAUAUAAAUUGACUAAAUUGAAUAAAAAGGUUGAUAGUGUUGGUUUUUUCUACAAUAUAUAUGUGAUAUUAUGGUAAAAUAAUAUGGUAACAUAUGCAUUAUUUAUUUUCUUUAAUAAUAUUUAUUUAAUAUUUACCUAUUUUCCCAUUUGUUUCUUUUCGGUUUUACAUUUUUCUUAGUUUUUGCCAUUUUUUAGAAUAAACACACUGGGGAAAUCAAAAAAUUAUCUCUAAAAUAUUUUCUCAGUCAGAUUUAUUUUCAGAAAAAGUGCUGUCAUUGUAAAUCUAAGCAAAAUUUCUGAAAGAAAAGUUAUCCACAGGAAAUAAAAAAAUAAACAUCAUUAUGCAACCAAUACAACCAAUACAUUCUAAAAUCUAACUUAUAAUAAAUUCCUAAAAAUAAAAAAAAAUAAGAUGUUAAGAUAUAAUUAUAUUGUUUUUUUUUUUGUAUAACAUUUAUAAAUUAUAAAUAAAUAAUUUUUUUCAGUGUACACAAUCAAACAAUGAUUUAACUCUUUUAUGCCAUCAAAGAAGCAAAUUACUCACUCUAAGUUUAAGGUUGCUGUAUGAUAUGCAAUGUUUGAUGAAUUUUUUUCCAAAAUCGCAUGUACGCAAUCACCGACUCACAUAUUAUAGACAGUGGUUACAAUUGUUAAUGGAUUGUCCAACCACAUCUAUGUGUGAACAAAUCAAAGAGGAACAUAAAAUAUUUUAUUUGGGUGUUCCUAAUGCUGAGCCUCCAACACCACAAACAUUGGCAUAUAAUAUACAACUACAGCAAGCAGCUAUAGAAGCUAGUCAUCGAACAACCAAAAUUGUAGAACGAAUUAGAAUAAUAGAUGCAGAAGAAGUAACAUGUUCAUUGUUAAAUAAUGAAAAUUCCCUAAUUAAACUGAAUGAUAACUCAAAUGAAGGCUUAGAAUUUGUUAUCGCUACUGCUUUAUGCACAAUAAAUAAAAAGUUUUUAAUGCUGGAAACUUCUGCAUCAAGUAAGUUUAUCAUGAAAACAAACAAUGUGUUAUGAAUUAGUUAAUUAUAAUUGGAAUAUUUAGAUGCAGGCACACAAUUAUUAGAUAUGAUGUCCAAAGAAGGAGAAUGGGUUUUAGUUGAUAUGUAUAUGACUACCACUGUUGCUGUUAGAAUGGUGUCUUCAGUUUUAACUGAUAAUGAUAAUAUUCAAUCUGAUUCUGAUAUAGCUUAUGCUUUCAAUUGCUUGCGUGCUAUUCAAAAUCUUUAUUGUAGCUUACAGGUAUGGUUAUAAAUUAUUAUAUUACUUAUUUAUUCAUCAUGAAUGAUGUAUGUGGAUUAUAGUUCUGUUUACUACAAAAUUAAGUUAAUCCAUUACUGUUCCACUAGUGUAAUAUAUUUAAGGCCCGGAACUUGAUGCAUUUGCAUCUUUUUUCUAAUACUUAUAUUCGAGGCUCAUCUUUUUUAGAAAUUUGACUUGUCACACAAAAUUCAAUGGUACAAAUUUUAUUUUGCAUUUUUUUGAUAAUUCUUGGCUUUUAAGUCAUUUUUUUUUAGCUAUUAUAGUACAUUUUAAGCAUUUUUCUACUUUGAGUAGGUAUAAGUACCUUAUUUUUGUUUAAACAUUGUAAGUUUGAGCUGUACUACAUAAACAUCUUAUAUUAAUUUCUUAAAUUCAAAUUAAAAAAAAAAAAAUGUAAAACUAAAAUCAUCCUUGAAAUCAGUUUCCAGAUAGAUAUAAUAAUAUGUUUAACCCAUAGAUAAUAAAGAAAAUAAUAAUGGAAUGUAUGUUUAUAUUUAGUACUGUCGCCAGCACUAAUUGGUUCAUAAUAUUAUCCUAACAAAAACCUGCAAUAUUUUAUUUGUGUUUUCCUUUAAUGAUAAGAAAACAUUUCUAUAAAAAAUAUUUUAUUAUAUUAUGUAUUUUCCUGUUAAUUGUUUGUAAUUUAACUUCUUCUAAUUUUCACAGUUUAAAUAGUCCAAAUCAUUUUUUAUCAUUUUUAUGCAUUUUUUUUCGUGCAUUUGUUUGUGGUUUUUAGGUCAUCUUAUCAUAUUACCCGCAUUUUAAUAAUUAAUAUUUAUUUUUAUUUGGAAUAGGUAGACCAUAAGUUAUAUAUUAGAUAAUCGUGCAAUUUUAACACCAUAGAUACAUAAUAAAUAGCUGCAUUUUCAUCUAAUUCAGUGCAUAUAGCACCUUGUCUUCUAAACCUACUAUGACCAAACUCUCUUAUUAAUAUUGGAAGAUAUUAGACUACACACACACACACACACACACAACCAUCAAUGAAUUACAGUCAGUAGUUGUAGAGAAAAUCAAGGUUAUAUAUACAUACAAUUUCUAUUUUUAUUUAUAUAUAAAUUAUAAAUAUAAUUAUAUUUUCAUGAUUUUUGUUAAUUUAUUUUGUGAUAUAAAUAGAAAAUGCUAAAUAUUUAUUUCUGUGCUUUAUAAUAUUUUAGAAAAUGAAUUAUAAUUUUUUGGAUAUUAUUAUGCCGGAAACCAUUAAGAAAUUGUGUGUUGAAGAGGCAAGUACAAUAGCUAUUAUUAGUGAGCUGAAUAAUGUAAUAAACAAUUGUUCAUUAAAUUUUAAUGAUUUAAUUGAACAACUCAACAUUCAUCUGAGACAUGUAAUUAUGGGAAUGAAGGUAAUUAUUAUUAUUAUUGUUUUUUAAAGUUGACAUAAAAACUAAUUUUUUUUUUAUAUUAAAAGUUAAUUUAUUUAAAAACAUCAUGCACUAUCAUAACUUGUCCUUUAUUAACUUUUUGAUGUUAUCCAUUAUGGAGGAAAACUAUAUUCUAUAUUCAUGUUUCAGUCUCCAAAUGAAGAUUGUCAAACAGUUGUACAAGAAAUACGAAAACAAUUUUCCGAGAUAAUUAAAAAACCAGAUAAUAUGAUUUUAUCUGAAGGAGAGAUGCUUUUAAUAGGGUUCAAUGGUCUUUUUGAAGAUGUCUCAUUAGCUAAUGAAAAUUUCAUUAAAAUGUCAUCUAAACUCAAGGUUUCCACAGCUUGGAAAACUGUUGAUCAAAUUAGGGAAGCAAAAUCAUUACUUGUAAGUUACAGCAGCAGAUAUAUGUAAUAAAAUAAUCUACAUUAAUUUUAUUAAUUUUACUAUAGGGAGCUGUUAUGGAUGAAGGACCUUGUCUUAUAUUAAAUGACAUAAUGUUUUUAAAGUCACUUCUUACUAUGAAAGAGGUUUUUAAUAUGUGUGCUGAAAUAGCAUUUAAUUUUGGUGGAAGAAAUACACUAGGUCUUAGUAGUUCUCAUUAUAAUGAAGAUAUGAUAUCAAGACCUGUGAGAUGUUUUGUUGCUGAUUAUUUAACCAAACGAUUAUUGGGUCUAUUUUCACAUACAGUGGCUAUUAAUGUUUGCAUUUUAUUACAACACACUGGAUUUAAUAUCAAUGGUAAGGUGAUUUAUUAUUUGUUAAAUUUUUUAUAUUCGAUAUAUUUUAUUUUUCAUUUAUAGCUGAAUUAGAGAAAAGAGAUAUUGGGGCAGAUAGUAAAGUCCCAUUAGAAGAACUUUGUAAAAAGUGCAUGGAAGAAGGAAUUAAAGUUGGUAAAUUCAGCCGGGGACAAUCAAUGGAUUUAACAUCUGCUUUAGUUAAGUUAGAGGAUGUCUGGAGAAAAACUGAAUUACACAGUCAUUUAACACUUAGAGCUCAUCAAUCAGACAUUUGUACACAAAGAUUAGCCAUACAAUAUGCUGCUCAUUGUUGUCUUCAUGCAAUUCCAGCUGCUGGUCAUCUAGAUAAUUUGCUGAUUCCAGGUGAGUAAAGUUAUAUUUAAAAUUUGAAUUCAAUUUUUAAUUUUUUUUAUGUGUGCUACAGAUCGAGCUACAAUUUUAAUGGAAUUGAAUAAUAUAUUAUCCCCAUUGGCAGUUAUGCAAUCUCAAAUUAUUGAACACAUGGAACACAGAAAUUCAUUAAAAUCUAGUGUUGAACAACGUUUAAAAUGGGCUUCUGGAGCUAAUCCAACUAUUGUAGAGGUAUAAAAUAUUGAAUACUUAUAGAAUUAUAAAUUAUAAUGUAGUUAACUAUAAAUUUUAAUACAGUUAUGGAAUAUGACUUUAUAUAAAUGCUAAAAAUGUUAUAUUAUAGAUCGCUAAUAAUUUUGAUGAGAGAAUGAAACAUGAAAAAUUAAUGAUUGAUAACAGCCAAAAUUUAUGCAGUUCUGUAAUAACAGUUAUUAGUUCUUUGUUGCAAACAGAAUCACUUUUUACUCGUACUUCAGAGGCGAUUUCCGCUGAUAUUUCAUUUUUACAAGUAUUUAUGAACCUAUAUUAUUUUAUAUAACUAUAUAACUAAUCAUUUUGUGACAAAUUGUUAAUAGUAGUUCAUAAGAAGUUCAUUAAGAAUACAUAUUAAAAUUCAUUUUUAAGGAUAAUUAUUUUGAAUAAAAAAUAAAACAAUUAUAUUUAAUUUUAAUACUUAUAAAAUAACAUGCACAUAAUAAUAAUUUAUAUAUUAUUUUGAAUAGUUGGUAGAAGAUUAUCAAAAAGCAUGUUACAUGGCUUCAAAUAUUGGUAUAUCGAUAACACCAGAAGAAGAAACUCUUAUUAAAGUAGUUCCUAUUCCUCAAGGACCUAUUGAAUGGACUUGGUUAAACAAUACAGUCAGCAUAAUUUCAGGUAAAUCCUUUAUAAAAUUUUGUUUUAUUUGUAAUUAUCACUGUUACUCAAUAUUUGUAAUAUAAUGGAACUUGUUUUAUUUAUUUCUUGUUUGUUGUCUAGAUAACGUUCAACAAUUAAUAGCUGCCCAAGAACCAGUGAGAUCAGAAAUUGCUUGUAUUCAAAAAUCAAUUAAAGAACAUUUGAAUGGUCUUAAGUCAACUCUAACAUCACAUAAUAAAAUAAUUUCUGACAUACGAGUAUUACUAAAAUCAUUGAUAAAAGUAAAUCUCCUAAUUAAUAGUAAAACAUUUAUCACUGAUGGUUUUUUUUUAAAUUUUAAAUACAAUUAAUUUAAUAAAUCUAUAUCUUUCUAUUAUUAAUUGGGUAUAUCCUAUUUUAUAUAAUAUUUGAUUCUUAAGUAUACUUUAAUUAAUUUGUUUUGAACAAUUAAUUAUACCCAAUACUAUUUUUAGUAAUAUCACUAAUGAAUAACUUCAUUUUCAGAUUGAUAAUGUUGGUACUGCUAGUAUAAACUACGUAACAAAAUAUUGUUCUUAUUUAGACCAUUUAGUGUCAUUGGUUGAACAAUUAACUAUAAUGAAUGAACCAACUACACAAAAAGUGAAUGUUUUGAUGGAAUCAGUACAAUCACUUCAUAAAAAAACAUGUAAACAAAUUCAUUAGAUAAUUAAAUAAACUUUGUAUUAAUUAUAUAUGAUUUUAUUUUUAGCACCAAUGUAUGAUGAUUUAUUGACAAUCUUGGGUGAAAAAGGGUUAUUAGUCAAACAGCAUAAACGUCCACCUUUAGUACGACAAGAUAGUAUUUGCUUAUCUCCGAGGAAAGGUUUACCUAGAGAUCCUCAUACAGGAAAAGGUAUUUAUGUUUUUAAUAGUAAAUAUUGAUUUUUAUUUUCCUUUUUUUUGUUCAGUUUCAUUUUUCCUUGAUCUUUAUCAAGCUUCUUUAAUUUCUAUUAGUUUAUCUCUAUGGCGUUCAAUAAGAUUCAUUUUCUUUGACUUUAGUUAUUUUAUCUUCAUUACUUUGUCUGUCCAGCUUAUUUUGCCAAUUUUACAUUUAUCUCCAACACCAUAUUUUUCAAGUAAUCUUUUUUCUUCUUCAAACAAAUUCAACACCGUCAUACAAAACAUUAUUAUAAGUGUUAAUAAAUGUAUUCUUAAUUGCUUUGCUUAUGUUCUCUGGGACUAAUCCUUUGUUUUCUUGAUGAAAGCUGAUUUAACUUAACUUGCCUAAUUUGCUGUUUAAUUUCAUACGUACUUAUAUACUUCAUAUGUACUACACAAGUUCUUAAAAUGUGUUAAUUGCUCCAUAAGUUAGUUUUUUAAAUAGAUAUUUAUAUUAAUUUUAAACUUGCACUUACUUAAACCUUUUAUUUAAUUUAAAUUUUUACAUAUGAUAUUUGUUUGUAUAACCAUUUACUUAUCGAUCAAGGCUCUCUGAAGGUUGUGUUUAGAUUUCAUACAAUGUUUGCAAAUUAAAUCAUUUAAGUCAAUUUACUUUCCUCUUUGAUCCUAAUAAAAAAUUCUUUUAAGUUGAUCCCUAUAUAGUAGUUGAACAAUAAUAGUAAAAACAAGUAUCAAUAAGUUUUGAUUUUUGUAAAGGUUACCUGAAUACAGUGGCAUGCCCAGGGGAAGAAGUUUGGGUUAUAUCCCCCCAUUGGCUUAUACAUUAAAAUAUGAGUAACCGAAUAUAUAAAUUCAUACAUUUCUGUCAGUUUCCUAGAAAAAGCUUGAUAUAUUGAUUAGACAUUGCCUUUUUUUUAGGAUUCGGUUUUUAAAUAACCAUUUCUCAUAGUUGAUUGGGUGGGGAAAACAAUUUUAAUAUCUUUUCAUGAUUAAUUUGUUACAUCCCUUCCCAUUGAAAAUUCCUGGGCACGCCACUGCCUGAAUACAAUUUUUUUUUUCUUUAAAACCUAAAUCUAUUUCUUGCUCUAUCGAAAAUAUAAUGCAUAAAUCUUUUUCCAUGUCUAUGAAUGAUUAGUAUAUAACUUUUUAUGCGCUAUUUAUUUUUCUAUUAGGAUUCAAAGUCCUAGUAUUGCUUUUCUAGUUAUAUUUUGUUUCCUGAAUCUCUUCCUACUAGUAAUUUUCAAGAUACUGAUUAGAUUUAUUACAAAUUUGUUGUUAUGCGUUAAAAAAUUUAUUUCAUCUUUGGUAAAAUUAUACAAGCUAUUUAGUACAUUUUCUCUUGUGUCUUAUAAUUAUAAAUUAAUUUAGCUAUGUUCAUUGUUUAUUGUAGCUGUUCAAAAAUGUAAUGCAUAUGCAGUGAGUGUUUGGCGUCGUGUAAGAAUGAAACUUGAAGGCAGGGAUCCAGAUCCAGGCCGGAGAUCAACUAUUACUGAACAAGUAUAUAAUAUUUUUAUUUUAAUAUUUCAUAUAAAUUUGAGUUUUUCAGAAAGAAAAAUAUAAAUUAUUUAAUGUGUUAUAAUAUUAAACUAGCUAUCCCACAAAGCUUAUUCAUGCACAUUAUUGAAUGGGAAAAAAACAAAUUUAACUGUCUCCUUGUUUCCCUGGUUCCACCACUGAGAUUUUUACAGUUGUCUGACAUUUUUUUUUUUAAAAAAAACUGUUUCCAUGCCUUUCACAAUCAAAUUAAAUAAUCCAUUUUUUUUCUUUUGUGUCACCAAGGUGACCCAUAAAUCAAAAAAUUUAUUUUUGUUACAAAAAUACUGAAAAUCCUAUGUCAGUUAACUUUUAUGGGUUAAAUUUCCAAAUCUAGCUUCAACAUGCACUCUGUUUCUCCAUUUAUCUGCUGCAGGUAAAUUUUCAGACUCCUGUUUGUGUUAGAUUUUGGCUGUAGAAUGCGAACAGGCAAACAUAUAUUUCCUUUUAAUAAAACAGAUGGUUUUUUUUUUUGCCAGAGUUGUAUUUAUUUUAACUAAACAAUUCAUUAUUAAUGCCUAAAUAAUGUAAAUGAAGAAUACACGAAUAUAAAUUACCUAUAUCAACCAUUAGAUAAUAUGUUGUUUUUUUUCAUACAAUUAAGGGAAAUCUGAAAUCAAUAAAAAAAAAAAAGUAACGAAAGUGGCCCAUGUAGAAUGGUGAUAUUUCUCUUUAUAUCUUCUUGUUAUUCUCAAUAUUUUUAAUUUUGUAUGAUAAAUAUAAGAGCAUUCUAAUUUUGUUUUAUCUUAUUGUAGGUAAAUUGGGUGAUCAAUGAAGCCACAAAUCCAGACAAUUUGGCAUUGCUGUAUGAAGGCUGGACACCGUGGGUGUGAAUAACUAAAGUUUAAGGCACUUGAUAUAGUGUCUUUUGGGAUUGAAAACAUUAAACACUUUUAUUACGACAAAUCGAUUUAUCGACCGUGCAAAACCUAAACGAGUUUUAUGAACAAAACUACACAAUUGGGUUAGCAGUGCAGUCAAUUAUCAAUUACAAAUAAAAAUAAAAACAAAUAAUAAUAAUUAAAUAACUAUACAAAUUAAACAAAAAAAAAAACCAAAAAUUAUUAGCCAUUGAGAUCGAGCAGUUUUAUUAAAGAAAGAUCACACUGUUAAUUACGUGGCUGCUUGAAUGGUAUCAGAUUAAGGGUAAACAUGGUGAUAUGUCUUAUCUCGUAAAAGUGCAUUAGUAUGCGAUAUUGUCAUUUUUAUUUUCUUUAGCAUUAAGGUAAUUCAAUAUUUCUUAAUAUUAGGUCAUUUUUCAGUUCUAAAAAUUACAUAUUUUACUUUGUCGUCACAUGUUUAUAUAUGGAUUUCUUUUUUCAAUUCAUAGUAUCAUGACAAAUUGUUUAUUUCCUGAUACAAGCUAAUCAUGUAAUAUGUAGAGCAAAUUAUAUAAAAAAAACGAAACAUGGUCAAUAUUUGAAUUAGUCGUGAUUGUAUACUUUUAUUACAACUUUAAUAUGUAUAUCAAUUACUUAUGCCCCUCUCAUUUAUACAAAAUAUGAAUAGUUUACUUCUUUAUUAAAUAAAAUACAAUUUGUUGUGAACUAUACAAAGGGUGAUAAUUAUUUGUUGUACGUUGGAAAAGAGGGCACAUGUUGAUCAUGUGAAGAAUUUUUUUUUUGUUUCUGUAUUAUUUUUGUCUAAAAUUAUAUCUGCCUAAAAGGAAUUUGUUUUUUUUUUCAAAUAUAAUUUUGUUGCUUUAUUCUAAUUAUAAUAAAAUUGUUUUAUU